UAUAAAGUUUUCGAACUUUGACAGUGCAAUGCUAAAAAAAUCAAAAGUGUUGAUCCAGCAAAUCUCCAAACAAAAUCGAAAAUUUCUUUUAAAAAGUUUCCUUUUCAACAUUCACUAACAUAUAAGUGAAAUAUAUAAUAAAUAAGUGGAAUCUCAUCUCAUUAUUCAAAAAUGGCACACACCAUCCUAUUUAUUCAGCCAACUGUACCAGAAACAAGGACAUUCAGUGAUUAUGAGAGUGUCAAUGAAUGUCUUGAAGGAGUAUGCAGAAUUUUUGAGGAAAACUUGAAAGUACGGAAUCCACAUUCGCAAACAAUAACUUAUGACAUCAGCCAGCUUUUUGAAUUCAUUGAUAAUAUGACGGACAUGAGUGUUUUGGUUUAUCAGAGAUCAACCAACACAUACGCUCCAUAUAACAAGGAAUGGAUUAAAGAGAAAAUUUAUAUUCUCUUGAAAAAAGCGGCUGGUCAAUGAAGAUUAGAUCAUCAUGAAAACAAGGCCUGUCAAGGGAUGGGCUUAUCUUUGAUGCAUUAUUUCAUUUCAUAACUUCAAAAAUAUGAAGAAUAAAUUAAUCUUUUUUUGAGUAUCUAUAUCCUUUGGAAACAAGUUGUAUUAAUGACAUAUCAAUUGAUGUUGAUUCGUAUCAGGAAUUUCAGAUUGAAGUUUUGUUUUGAUACUUCGAACAUUUGGGUUUAAAUUGCAAUUAUUUCGAAUUAUUUUAAAUGCAAUUAAUAAAGUGAAUUAAAUUGAUAAUAAAUUAAUUCGAGUUUAGCAUAAUAAUGUUGUAUUUAUGUAAAUGAGCUUUCUUUGAACCGUGACAGUCGCUUUUCAAUCCAAGAAUUUUCGUUAG